UCCUGUUGAUCAUCAUAGUUAGAAUGGUUGAGAUAUUUGCAGGAAACAACAAUUGUGAAGUAGUGGGAAACUAACUCAGUGUGUCUCUGUCAAGGUGUGUAGAAGAGGACGACUGAGCAGGUGUGACUUAAGAUGGAAGGCAAAAAUAAAUUUCUGGAGAAUCUUCGUCUGAAAACUAAGCUACCCAAAAUGAAGAAACCACGUAAAAAGCUGAUUGCCAAACUACCAAGGAACCUGGCCAAUCGGCGCAGCAUGUCAGUGCCAGACUUUACCUCACUUCAAGGCGAAGCGAGCGCUGCAGAAACUGAUGCAGUGGGUAACAACUUUGGCACCUCUCCUGGUCAGAGUGAUACAGAUUCUGUUGCUAGUGGUUCAGUCAGCGAAGGACCGCUUUUUGCAGAGAAACUCACUCACUCAGUGUCAGACAUUCAAUACAGGGUUCAUAACAUUAAUCUUCCAUCAUCAAACAGAUUGAGUGCUCCACCGGCCUAUGAGGAUGAGGUUUACUUGAAGACCUCAAGUCCAGAGAACAAAAGGAAUGUUCAUAUUGAAGGCUUUUCGCCACAACAGCAUAAAACACCCAAGAAAAACAUGCAAAAGUUCACAUUCGAACCCAUUAAAGAACCAGAAAGUGACCAGGCGGAGAAGGAGAAUGUACCUGAGGAAGAGCCCUAUACUCGCAGAAGGAUGUCUGAUGCUGUUGCAGUCGUCCUCAACAGAGAGAGCUCAAUGGGGGAAGAAAAAGGUCCUCGCGUUCAGAAGAAAACUGUGAUGUUCGAGACAAAAAAGCCGAAGUCAGAAAAGCUGACUCUACAAACCAGCCGGCCAAGCUCCUCUACAGAUAGGCUGUCAGAUGCUCAGUUUGACAAUGCAGAUGCUUUCUCUUUGUAUUCUGCAUAUGUCACUCCCACUGAGGAGCAAGUCAACAUGCUAUGGCCCUCAACCUGGGAUGAGGAAGAUAUUGAACAAGUGUCUUCUUCCUCUCUGCAUAGAGAAAUGUCCAUGGAUGACGGUCUUCUGGACAUAGAAAACCAGAAUGAGUCUCUAGAGGAGAACUCUGCAGAAACAUUUGAAUACGGUGAUGAGUUUGAUGACAAUAAUACAGAAGGCACUGACACUUUGCCAGGCCCGGAUGCACCGACACCCUCCCGUUUCCAGAGGUACCUCCUGAACAUCAACUUAAAAUAUGGUCGGAAUCUGGUCGUCAGAAGCAGGCGUGGCGCUUCAAGUGAUCCAUAUGUGAAGUUCAAACUUGAAGGGAAGCAAUUCUAUAAAAGCAAAGUGGUUUACAAGGACCUGAAUCCACGAUGGAACGAAUCCUUCUCUCAUCCGCUUCGAGACAGAAACCAUGAUGUGGAACUUCGGGUCUAUGAUAAAAAUCUCACAGCUGAUGACUUCAUGGGUUCAAGCACGAUUUCUCUGAAAAACCUUGAGUUGCACAAAACACAUGAACUGGAGUUGCCUCUUGAGGACCCUAAGAGCAAAGAAGAUGACAUGGGAGUUAUUGUCCUCGAAGUCCGCUUGAAUUUCCGAGAUGCUACAGUGAAAAGAGGCAAUAGGUUUCUGCCAAAAAAGAAGCAGCCAAACCAGGGCCAAACUCCGCGGACUAAUGACCCAUCAAAAAAUCACCUGAAAAGCCAGAUCUGGACAGGCAUACUCCAGGUCACUCUGGUGGAGGGACAAAAGAUGCCACAGUAUGGUCAUGGUGAUGUCUACGUUCGCUUCCGCCUUGGGGAUCAAAAAUACAAAAGCAAGAACCUUUGCAUUCAGCCAAAUCCCCAGUGGAGAGAGCAGUUUGACUUCAAUAAAUUUGAAGACGUCCUGGAACCAUUACAGGUGGAGGUGUGCGCAAAGAGAGGGCGGAAGGGUACAGAAUCAUGGGGGGCGUUUGACAUUGAGGUAUGGAAGCUUCCAUUAAAUGAAAGAAUGGAUCACAAUUAUGUGUUGAACCCCGGAAAAGGCAAGUUGGUUUUCCUGGUCACUCUGAGACCCUCCUGGGGCGUCUCCAUCUCUGACACUGAAAACCCCACCUUUUCGAAUCAAGAUGAGAAAGACGCAGUGAUGGAAAGACUUAGCUUGAUAAACUCGCACAAGUCUUUACAAGAUGUCGGUUUCCUUCAGAUUAGUGUGCUAAAAGCAAACGAUCUUCCAGCCACAGACAUUAAUGGAAAAAGCAACCCUUUUGCAGUUGUCGAGCUUGGGAACUGCAAACUUCAAACUCACACUGUUAACAGGAGCAUCAAUCCAGAGUGGUACAAGACCUUUACAUUCCCAAUAAAGGACAUUCAUGAUGUUGUGGAGGUGACUGUCUUUGAUGAAAAUGGUGACAGAUCCCCAAACCUUUUGGGAAAAGUAGCUAUCCCUUUACUGACAGUUCAGAGUGGUGAGCCGAUGUGUCUGCUCUUGAAGAAAGAAUGCCUUGAAAGAACUUCCAAAGGGACCAUCACACUGGUGCUAGAGGUCAUCUAUAACAAAGUCAGAGCUGGGGUCAAAACCUUCCAACCAAAGGAGGCUAAAUUAAUCGAGGAAAAUCCAAAGUUCAACAAGAAGAUCCUUGCCAGUAAUAUAUAUCGAGUUCGAAAAAUCACCACAGCAGUUCUGUACACGUUACAGUACAUGAAAAGCUGUUUUCAGUGGGAGAGCAGACAACGGAGUCUAAUAGCCUUUCUGAUCUUCCUGGCGACUGUGUGGUUUUGGGAGCUCUUCAUGCUUCCCCUCUUCCUGCUGCUGCUCAUUGGCUGGAACUACAUCCAGCUCUCCAGGGAAAAGGCCAGCUCCAACCAAGACCUGGUGAACAUGGCCAUGGGUGACGACGAAGAGGAAGACGAAAAGGAACCUGGAAAAAAGGGUUUGAUGGAUAAAAUACAUAUGGUGCAGGAAGUGGUGCUGGUGGUCCAGAAUGUUUUGGAGGAAAUCGCCAACAUCGGGGAGCGAGUCAAGAACAUCUUCAAUUGGUCUGUGCCGUUCAUAUCGUUCUUGGCUUGCCUGGUGCUGUUUGUGACUGCAUCACUGUUGUAUUUAAUCCCACUACGGUAUAUUGUUCUGGUAUGGGGCAUUAACAAAUUUACCAAGAAACUGCGCAACCCAUAUUGUAUUGACAGUAAUGAAAUACUGGAUUUCCUCCAGAGGGUGCCUUCUGAUAUUCAGAAGGUGCAGUACAGUGUGCUGAGAGCACCCACUGGACAGAACCAGCCGCGCAAGAAGAAGUAAGCUCAAUGGACAUGCUGGAUGAAAGGCUGGUCUUCUUUUCUCUGUUCCUCUCUUUUUUCUUUUAAAUGCGUUACGUUGCAGUCCACCUGACAACAAUGCUCCAGUGCCAGCUGAACCCAUGACCCCGCAUACCCGGCCACACCACCCCAACGCUGCCCCCUGCUGCUGAGGGGCAGGCAGCCGCUCUCUGCCUUGUGUCUUUGCCACCCCCCUGACAGGGGCUGUGAACUGCAGCAGCUAGGAGGGCAGCACAUGGUGCUGUCAAUCACAAGCUUGGAGGUAAAGAAAAAGGGAGCUCUGCAAGGCUCAAGCUAAAUCUUUGAAAAUAAUUUAGAACAGGAAUGAAAGACAUCGGGGUUGGCUUGGGUUUUUUUUUUUCUUAUUUUGGUGUAACUGAAAAACUUGCCUCAAGAUAAAGACAAUACAACCUUAACAAGUGACUGCAAUGUUUUUAUUUUUGUUUUUUUUAUUUUUCACCUGUUAAUGUAAUGAAAUGCUAUAUUUUACGAUCACAGAAAAUCAGUUAUAGUUCAGGAAAGAAUAAAGAGUUUUAGAGUGCAAUCUGUGGUGUGGUUUCUCCAUGUAUAAUUUAAUGAUGCCACUUUUCCUCAUUCUGUUAGAAACAAACAUGUAUUUAUGCUCUGAAUGUAUGUUAAUUCUAGUUACCUGCACUUGAGUUUCUCUGAUGAUUUAUGUUAACUUUAUAUGAAAGUAUCAUGUUUACACGAUCAAAUUGAGAGUUUGAAUAAAGAAUCUUGAUCAAAUUGA